CAGGAACUUCCGGUAGGCGCACACCACUCUUCAGAAUAAAGAAAACGUAAGAACUGUGCUGUCCUUUUCUCUUUAUUACUACAGAUUAAGUCUGAGGCCGGUAACAUCAACAGUGAGGACAAACCCAGCCUGCCUCUCUCCUUCCACACUGAGUCCAAACCUACAGUCACUGGGUCCUGAUUGUGACAGUGGAACCCAGUUUGCACUGCAGGAUCCAGAGAUGGCAUCAGUGAAGCUGGAAGACUGCAGUCAAACACUGGAGCUGAAUGUCAUCAUUAAAGAUGAAGAAGAGGAGGAGGAGAUUGGAGACCAUGUUGAGACAUUCUCUACAUCCAGAGAUCAACAGCAGGAAGGUCACAGAGCUAAGAGGUCUCACCCCUGCUCACAUUGUGAGGAGAUUUUCCCAAUUCUAUCAAAGCUAAAAAAACACCUUAAAAUACACACAGGACAGAAUCUGUAUCCCUGUAAUGACUGUGGGAAGAGAUUCACGACAUCAAGGUCUCUGACAGUUCAUCAGAGAAUGCACACAGGAGAGAAGCCUUACUCCUGCUGUGACUGUGGAAAGAGUUUCUCUCGACUGGGCAACUUAAAAACACAUGAACGUAUACAUACAGGAGUGAAACCUUACUGCUGCUCUGUCUGUGGAAUGAGUUUCUCUCGACUAGGCGACUUAAAAACACAUGAACGUAUACAUACUGGAGUGAAGCCUUACUCCUGCUCUGACUGUGGAAAGAGUUUCUCUCGACUGUGUCACUUAAAAACACAUGCACGUAUACAUACAGGAGUGAAACCUUACUUCUGCUCUGACUGUGGAAAUCAUUUCUCUCGACUGGGCAACUUAAAAACACAUGAACGCAUACAUACAGGAGUGAAGCCUUACUCCUGCUCAGACUGUGGAAAGAGUUUCUCUCGACUGGGUGACUUAAAAACACAUGAACGUAUACAUACAGGAGUGAAUUCUUACUCCUGCUCUGAAUGUAGAAAGAGUUUCACUCGACUGGGCCAUUUAAAAACACAUGAACGUAUACAUACAGGAGUGAAGCCUUACUCCUGCUUUGACUGUGGAAAGAGUUUCUCUCGACUGGAAAACUUAAGAAGACAUGAACGUAUACAUACAGGAGUGAAGCCUUACUCCUGCUCUGACUGUGUAAAAUGCUUCACAACAUCAACUGACCUAAAAGUUCAUCAGAGAACACACACAGGAGAGAAGCCUUACUCCUGCUCUGACUGUGGAAAGAGUUUCUCUCGAAUGGCCCAGUUAAAAAGACACCAAGGUAAACAUGAAGGAGAGAAGCCUUACCACUGAUCUGACUAGAUUUUUUUAAUAACAGCUGAGCUAAAAGGGUCAUCAGAGAACACACACAGGAGAGAGGCCUUACUUCUGCUCUUAAUGUGGCAAGAGUUUCUCCAGAUUGGGCAAUGAAAAGACACAAAAACUGAUACACACUUGAGAGAAGCCUUAUCACUGCACUGACAGUGAGAAGAGAUUCUACAAUUUGCGCCAUUUAAAAGACACCAUUGUGUACAUAAAGGAGAGAAGCCUUGUCAGUUCUCUCAGACCAGCUAUGAUUAGUCACUCAAUCACUUAAUUUUCAUCUCAUAAAAUAAUUGUUAACUUUGAAUUAGAUCAAAUGAAGAAAGCGUAGAACACUCUUGUAAUCCAAUUUUUUCUCACUGUGAGAACUGUGCAGAGGAAAGGAAGCGUUCUAGAAUGUUAGCCUCUCUUUACUUUACUGAUCAGUGUGCACCAUGUCAGGUUGUGUGUUUUGUUAGCUUCUACUGUAGAUACUGAGAUCUUGGAUUUGCCCUUAGGGUUGAAUAUCCUCUGUGAGGCGUCUCACUAUGAAGUCUGAUGGUUGACUGGGUGGUACUGCUUCCCUCUGCAGUUUUCUGUGGGAAUGAGCUGGUAGACACAACAUACACUGAGUGUACAAAACAUUAAGGACACCUGCUCUUUCCAUGACAUAGACUGACCACCUGAACCCAGGUGGGCAAUGGAAUGAAAACACCCGACAUUGGAAAAUUGGAAAACUAUUGCCUGGUCUGAUGAAUCCCGGUUCCUUCACGCUGAUGGGAGGACUAGGGUAUGGAGGAAACCACGAGCACAUGCAUGGAAAAAAUACCUAACUGUCAUACUUGAGUGAAAGUAAUGAUACCUUAAUAGAAAAUGACUCACGUAAAAGUGAGUCACCCAGUAGAAUACUACUUGAGUAAAAGUCUAAAAGUUUUUGGUUGUAAAUAUACUUAAGUAUCAAAAUU